CACGAAGCCAGCUCACAACACUCGCAGCUAGACAGCAGCUGGGACAGUCGGAGGCAACUGCUAAUCACUGAUCAGGGCAGAGUCCAGGGCAGCCAAACAAGGGUGCUUUUGGAAGCCGACGGGAGGGCAAGGCAAAACCCAGUGGGGCCGAUCACAGGGAGGUGUCUGAAAUAGUAACAACCACCUUUCAUUGAACCCCAACUAUGGACCAGCGCGCGAUACAAACUCUCUCAUCUAGCCCCACCUCAGGAGCUGCGGAGAGGACUGUGAGUUUGUGUGAGUUCUUAGUGUUAUGCUAGUCACAGGUGAGUGUGCAAGAAACGACAGCCACCGUCCAUUCUUAAUUACCGGUGCGGUACCUAACAGACAUAGGCCAGGCGGUGUGCGGCGGCUGAGAAACAAUGCCGGGCAAGAGGAGCACGGUUUCUGCCCUCACCAAGCUUCCAAGCCAGAAGGGUACUGUCCAACGUGGUGGCCACUAGCCAGGUGUGGCUAUGAGUGUUAAAGUGGAUGAAAACAUAAAGUGAAGUUCAGUUAGUCACGUCGGCCACCUCUUGUGUUUAACAGCCAUAGGGGCUUCUAAGACAUCGGUGCAGAACAUCCUGCUGACCAGUACUGGCCAGGGGCAGAGAGGUCACAGGUAAUCAUAUACCUGCAUCACGAAGGCUGUGGGAGAAUUCACAGUGCAGUCGUACUAUUGUCUUCUCGUUAUCCUCGCGAGGUGGAAACCGAGGCUCAGAGAUCAAGCCAUCUGACCGGUCGCACAGCUGCUGAGUGGAGGAGCUGGGAUUCGAUCCCAGGUCUGUCCACUGCCAUGCUGCCCCUGGCACAGAGAGAAUCUGGUUAAACAGAGAAGAUGGAGAAGGUGGGAAAGUGGCAGCGUGGGCACAGAUACAAAGGCACGGAUGGGCAAGGCUGGCAGAGGACCUCGAGGAAACCAGUCCGGCUGGAGAGGCAGUGAUUGCUGAACUCAUCGGAAAGGAAGUUGUAUGGUGGGAGAGAUGGUUGCUAUACACCCCCAGAAGACAGCCUUUGACCUUCUGACCCGACCCACAGUAAGGAAACGCUUGGCCUCAGGGUCCACUGUGCUUGUCCAGCGUAGAUGGCCGAACACAAGGUAUGGCCUCACAUGUGCAAGUUUUCUCCCCUCACACCCUUCAAUCAAGUGCCUUCUGUAGUGUGAAGAAACUGAAAGUAGAGCCGAGUUCCCACUGGGACAUGACUGGGUACGGCUCCCCCAGCAAAGCGUAUAGCCACAGCAAGAACAUACCACCUUCUCAGCCAGCCGCCACAACCGUCAGCACCUCCUUGCCAAUCCCAAACCCAAGCCUACCUUACGAGCAGACCAUCAUCUUCCCAGGAAGCACCGGGCACAUAGUCGUAACGUCAGCAAGCAGCACUUCUGUCACUGGGCAAGUCCUCGGCGGACCACAUAACCUAAUGCGUCGAAGCACUGUGAGCCUUCUUGACACCUACCAAAAAUGUGGACUCAAGCGUAAGAGCGAGGAGAUUGAGAACACGAGCAGCGUGCAGAUCAUCGAAGAGCAUCCACCCAUGAUUCAGAAUAAUGCCAGUGGGGCCACUGUAGCCACUGCCACCACAUCGACUGCCACCUCCAAGAACAGUGGCUCCAACAGCGAGGGCGAUUACCAGCUGGUGCAGCAUGAAGUGCUGUGCUCCAUGACCAACACUUACGAAGUGCUGGAGUUCUUGGGCCGAGGGACAUUUGGGCAAGUGGUCAAGUGCUGGAAACGGGGCACCAAUGAAAUCGUGGCCAUCAAGAUCCUGAAGAACCACCCGUCCUAUGCCCGACAGGGUCAGAUCGAAGUGAGCAUCCUGGCCCGGCUGAGCACCGAGAGUGCCGAUGACUACAACUUCGUCCGGGCCUACGAGUGCUUCCAGCACAAGAAUCACACGUGCUUGGUCUUUGAGAUGUUGGAGCAGAACCUCUAUGACUUUCUAAAGCAGAACAAAUUUAGCCCCUUGCCCCUCAAGUACAUUCGCCCAGUCCUCCAGCAGGUAGCCACAGCCCUGAUGAAACUCAAAAGCCUGGGUCUUAUCCACGCUGACCUGAAACCAGAGAACAUCAUGCUGGUAGACCCGUCUAGACAGCCUUACAGAGUCAAGGUCAUCGACUUUGGUUCGGCCAGUCACGUGUCCAAGGCUGUGUGCUCCACCUACUUGCAGUCCAGAUAUUACAGGGCCCCUGAGAUCAUCCUCGGUUUACCGUUUUGUGAGGCGAUCGACAUGUGGUCCCUGGGCUGUGUGAUUGCAGAGCUGUUCCUGGGGUGGCCAUUAUAUCCAGGAGCGUCCGAGUAUGACCAGAUUCGGUACAUCUCACAAACACAGGGUUUGCCAGCUGAAUAUUUAUUAAGUGCAGGGACAAAGACAACUAGGUUUUUCAACCGUGACACAGACUCGCCGUAUCCUUUGUGGAGGCUGAAGACGCCAGAUGACCAUGAGGCAGAGACGGGGAUUAAGUCAAAAGAAGCACGGAAGUACAUUUUUAACUGUUUAGAUGACAUGGCCCAGGUGAACAUGACCACAGAUCUGGAAGGCAGCGACCUCCUAGUGGAGAAGGCAGACCGGCGCGAGUUCAUCGACCUGUUGAAGAAGAUGCUGACCAUAGAUGCCGAUAAGAGAAUCACCCCGAUCGAAACCCUGAACCAUCCCUUCGUCACCAUGACACACUUACUCGAUUUCCCCCACAGUACACACGUCAAAUCGUGUUUCCAAAACAUGGAAAUUUGCAAGCGUCGGGUGAACAUGUACGACACCGUGAACCAGAGCAAAACCCCUUUCAUCACACACGUGGCCCCCAGCACGUCUACAAACCUGACCAUGACCUUUAACAACCAGCUGACCACUGUCCAUAACCAGGCUCCCACCUCCUCCAGUGCCACUAUUUCCUUAGCCAAUCCCGAGGUCUCCAUACUAAACUACCAAUCUGCACUCUGCCAGCCCUCCGCGGCAUCCAUGGCCGCAGUGGCCCAGCGGAGCAUGCCCCUGCAGACGGGGACAGCCCAGAUCUGCGCCCGGCCCGACCCCUUCCAGCAAGCCCUCAUCGUGUGUCCCCCCGGCUUCCAAGGUUUGCAGGCCUCUCCCUCUAAGCAUGCUGGCUACUCAGUGCGAAUGGAAAAUGCGGUUCCCAUUGUCACUCAAGCCCCAGGAGCUCAGCCUCUCCAGAUCCAGCCGGGCCUGCUUGCCCAGCAGGCCUGGCCGAGUGGUACCCAGCAGAUCCUGCUCCCCCCAGCAUGGCAGCAGCUGACCGGAGUGGCCACCCACACGUCCGUGCAGCAUGCCACCGUGAUUCCCGAGACCAUGGCGGGCACCCAGCAGUUGGCCGACUGGAGGAACACGCACGCUCACGGCAGCCAUUACAAUCCUAUCAUGCAGCAGCCAGCGCUCUUGACCGGUCAUGUGACCCUGCCAGCAGCCCAGCCCUUAAACGUGGGUGUGGCCCACGUGAUGCGGCAGCAGCCAACCAGCACCACGUCCUCCCGGAAGAGUAAACAGCACCAGUCCUCUGUGAGAAACGUGUCCACCUGUGAGGUGUCCUCCUCCCAGACCAUCAGCUCCCCACAGCGGUCCAAGCGCGUCAAGGAGAACACACCCCCCCGCUGCGCCAUGGCGCACAACAGCCCAGCCUGCAGCACGUCAGUCACCUGCGGGUGGGGCGACGUGGCCUCCAGCACAACCAGGGAGCGGCAGCGGCAGACGAUUGUCAUCCCCGACACCCCCAGCCCCACAGUCAGCGUCAUCACCAUCAGCAGCGACACAGACGAGGAGGAGGAACAAAAACAUGCACCCACCAGCACUGUCUCCAAGCAGCGGAAGAACGUCAUCAGCUGCGUCACCGUCCACGACUCCCCCUACUCCGACUCCUCCAGCAACACCAGCCCCUACUCAGUGCAGCAGCGCGCCGGGCACAGCAACGCCAAGCCCUUUGACACCAAGGGGAGCCUGGAGAGCCACUGCACUGGGAACCCCCGGACCAUCAUCGUGCCACCCCUGAAAACCCAGGCCAGCGAAGUCCUGGUGGAAUGUGACAGCCUGGUGCCAGUCAACUCCAGCCACCACUCGUCCUCUUACAAGCCCAAGUCCUCCAGCACCGUGGCCUCCACCAGCGGUCACUCUUCAGGGAGCUCGUCUGGAGCCAUCGCCUACCGGCAGCAGCGGCCCGGCCCCCACUUCCAGCAGCAGCAGCCUCUCAACCUCAGCCAGGCCCAGCAGCACAGGGAGCCCCCGCCGCCAGCAGGCCUACAUCGCGCCCACCAUGGCGCAGGCUCCGUACUCCUUCCCGCACAGCAGCCCCAGCCACGGCGCCGUCCACCCCCACCUGGCCGCCGCCCACCUCCCCGCGCAGCCCCACCUCUACACCUACACGGCGCCCGCUGCCCUGGGCUCCACCGGCACCGUGGCCCACCUGGUGGCCUCGCAAGGCUCGGCGCGCCACCCCGUGCAGCACACUGCCUACCCGGCCGGCCUCGUACACCAGGUCCCAGUGAGCAUGGGCCCCCGGGUCCUGCCCUCACCCACCAUCCACCCAAGUCAGUACCCGGCCCAGUUCGCCCACCAGACCUACAUCAGCGCCUCGCCGGCCUCCACGGUCUACACUGGAUACCCACUGAGCCCCGCCAAGGUCAACCAGUACCCUUACAUAUAAGCACUGGAAGGGACGGGAGGGGGAGGAGGGGCAGAGGAGGGGAGGGGCUCCCGGACCCAGGUGGGAGCAGGCUUUUUAUACUGAAGAUGCCGCACACAAACAAUGCAAACGGGGCAGGGGAGGGGCAGGGACGGGACGGGACACAAUGAAACUUGAACUAGGAAGUGGGGGGACGUAGAGCAGAGAAGAGGACAUUUUAAAAAGGAAGGGGUUAAGGAGGGGGGAAAAUCUAUGCUUUUUAUUGUAAAAAAGAAAAAGGAAAAAAAAAUGAAAUUGUCGGUAACAAAAAACAAAAAAAAAAAAUCACAGCUCACGGACCCACUCUGCACCAAACUGGAAGGAGAAGAGGAGACCGGCAGGAAGGUUCUGGAAGUGGAGGGCCCCAGUUCUGAAGAACUUUAUGAACUUUUCAAAGAUUAUUUUCAUAUGGCAGCAAGUAACAUUGAAGACUUUGCUGUCAGGGGUUUUAAUUCAUUGAACGUGAGAAUUAGGGAUUUUUCCAGAACUCUGAAGGGCCAACACCCCUCCAGGAAGUCAGGCCGAGGCCUGGGCAGGCCGGUGUGCGGGAGUUGGUCUGGGGUUGGCAACACCCAGUUCAGGAAUGACGGGAACGGCCAGGCGGAGGGGAGACCCCUGGGACACGGCGGCAUUCUUUCUGAGCACUCUGGGUAAAUCCCUAAGUACUGUUACCCCUCAAACGUCAUCAUCAAUGUGUGUCGCAAACUUUAGUUUUUCUCUCUUCUGUUCUCAAGUUCUAUUUCCUCUUUGACUCCCCCCCUGGUCACGUGGCGUAGGACGAGCGCCGUCGCAGACACCCUGGUAGCAGGCAGCACUCCGCACCGCCCCACCUCGUGUCCGUCUCCCACGGUACCGACCGACGGGUCGUCACUGUAAUUGCACAGAAACGUGACAUAGCAUCGGCAUGUGACCGGGGCGGGGGCCCAGGGUACACCUUGCCGGAGUGUGGGUGUGAGCGCGGGGGCCGCCCGGCCGUGCGUCCCUCGGCCGCUGUCCCAGCCCCACAGUCUUGGUUUUACAUCAUUCCCUCCUAGUGCCUUACCGACCGACCGACAGACGCGGUGGAAGGGUUUACUCCCCCGGAACUCCAGGAAGCCGGCCGGGCGAGGCGGGCAGUCGGAGCUGUCCCCGCACCGCUCACGUGUACUCUGGUCUGUCUUUUCGUUACUCUCGUUUGAUGCCCAUCGUCUCUCGGGCUGUUUGCUAGCAGGAUAUCGGGGAGCUGGCAGGGCUCGGAGGAGAACCGCCAGGUCUUGAGAGAGGUGUGCGAGACCCCUGUUGGGUGGCACAUCUGUGGACCCGGUUGGCUUUAGUUGAGUUUUACUUUGAGGGCAGAGGGGGGCAGAGACCCAGAGAGACUCCCCACCUCUCACCCUCACCCCACUCUGCCCAGAGGGCCAGCACUGCCCUUUGUAGGACCAGAGGUUUUAGGAAUAUGGGCCUCCCCGGGUGGCCACCCCUAGGCCCAGCACAGCCUGCCCCCGGUCACCUGGCACCCACCUGAAGCUGCGUCCCCCAGUCCCUCACACAAGAAUCCUGGUGUUCUGAGACAGCCCACACGUCCUCCUCGCCCGGGCGCCCUGAGCUGCAUUUGCUCUCACGGCUUUGCCAGGUCCCUCCCUGCGGAGACCACCUCCGGCCUUGUCGGCUCUUGGGGUCUUCCUUCACGUUACCCAGGUCUGCCCAAGACGUGAUUUUGGUUCUGGUCUUUGAGGGGUCUGAUGGACAGAAGGUGGGAGGGACGUUUCUGAGGGUGACAGGGAGAUCUUACACUGCACUCUGUAAACACUCCCGCGGACAGUUACGUUUCCAAAGAAAUCUGCCCUUUGCCCUCUUUGCACCUUUGAGAUAUUCUAAAAGUUUUCUCAGGCUUUGAGCACUGCUGGCUGCUUGAGGGUGGGAGUUCCCUGUCUUCACGGUGAAUAGCACUGAACUGCAUGAGCAUCGGGCAAGUCUGGUCAAGGAUGGGGCCUAGAGGUCGGUUCUGUUGGAUUCGGAUGCAGUCUUUGACCCCACGGCUACGUUUCCAAGGUGCAAAGAGCUCUCCCCCGAUUCAGCAGUCCCCGCCGCCUCCUCCCUCCAUUUCUUCUUACCCUGCGGUCUCCCAGAGGAACCUGCUGUGAACGGUGUGUGCGCAGUGAGAUCCACCUCAGUGACGAAGCUGUUACUUAGCUCUUAGCUGUGAAAUAACUCUGGGGACUUCCCCACCAUAAUUUCUGACUUAAAAAGAAAUAGGUCUCCAAACUGGAGGUAGAUUAGGCCAGGCUGGAGGCUGGGAGGAAGGACACCAGGACCUGCUCGAGGCUGGCACGCUCUGGCGGCUCCUGUGAGGGGUCGCAGUGGGAAGACGCUCUCUCCUGGGCCGGCAGUCAGUUCCCGCUUCACCCAGAGGUGGGGAAGCCAUCUGUCACAGCAGGGAAGCCGGCAGUUCUGAGAGGUGAGGGAAACAGCCUCCAGAGGACAUGGGAGCCAGAGCCCUCCCAGAGCUGUGCCAGCCUGGAAAAGCCAGCUGUUAGGGACUUUGGGGGCAGCCAGAUCCCAUCAGUGCAUCUCAUACCCAGGUACAAGGCAUCUAGACCUGGGUGCCCGUGAGCCUCGUUCUGCCCUGGGGCAGCAUCCAGGCCCCGGCACAGGUCAGUUCCAACCCCUCCUUUCUGAUCUCUGAAAAUGUUCUUUCCAUUUUAGAGAAGAUGAUUUCGUCUGCUUAAGUUGGAAGUUUCUUACUCUAUCCCCUGAUGUGUCCUUUCCUUUCCUUCUUCCAGAUCAGGAAUGAAGAUUCCAUGCUGCUCAUAAAGAUAUUAUUGUACUAAUUAUUCUUGCUAUUACCAUUGUAAUUAUGACCAUCAUGUUGAUAUGUUAGUCAGGGUUUUUAAAUGCACAUUUAUUCCCAGGAUCUUUGUGUUUUCUCUUUACUAGUUAAACCUCUUCUGUCUGUGAGUAUGUGAGCAGACGGGAGGGACAUGCAGAUGUCCAGCUUUGUUCACACACACAAGGAAGACCCAGCAAUUAGGAAGUGUUUCUGUCAUCUCUGUUCCAAAGGAGCCAUCCGGAAAGAUCCACAACAGAGAGGAAGAAUCAAGCCCAGAGUGGGCCCUUGAUGACGUGUCACUGUCAAAAUCGAUCCUUCUAGAUUCCCACUGGCCUGGGAUGAGACUUGAGGAAGCAUCUUGGGGGCACGGGGAAUGCUGACCCCGCCCCCUUACACACACACACCUGUCUUAAACCCCCAGAUGGCUCCUUUCCGCGCGCUGUGCUCUCCUGCACUUCUGGGAUCUGUUAACGAGGUCCUGGGCCUGUCUCACAUUGGAUGUGUAAGCAAAAAAGCCCUCUGCUCAGAGUGGAGCAAAGUCUUUCCCAAGUGUCUACCCUUGUCGCAGUCACCAGGGUACGGUGUAUGUCCUUCGGUGCAGGCUAGCUGUCCCCCUCAUGGAAGCCACUGGCUGUAAUAAGCUGACGUAAGGCCAGUGGGCAGGUGGUCCUCCCCCAGGAGAUGUCGGCCCUGCUCCCACCCUUCCGUCCAUGAGCAUCCUGUACUACCCGCUCCUUCAGUCCACCCCUGCCCACCCCACGCCUCCCAGCACACACUUCUGUGGAGCCGAGAGAAAGGGGGGAUAGGGCCAGAGACCCCCUAAGAGAGUCUAGCAGCCAUUCUGAUGUGCAGCCAUGUCCCUUCUGCGUUCGUCAGCCAGCAGCAGCACAGCGGCCUGGCGGCCAUCCCUGCUGGGCGCCCACGGCACCCAGGAACAAGGCACCCUGGAUUAAGAGGUAGAAGUAGUUGUUUCACUGCAGUAUCGGGCGGCGCCCGGUCCCACAGACACUCAGCUGGUUCGUGUGCACUCUGCUGUCCUCAUUUGAUGUCCCCCUGGAGCAGCAGCCCCAGAAGCCCCACUGGUGCACCCAGCUCCCCCUAUGCUCCUUAGCAAUACUCUCCCAGGUCUCCCAUCCAGUCUUCCAGUACUGGACCACCUGGGCGAAUUGCGGGAACGCCAGGCCGCUGUCCCUAGGACUGAGUUCUCGAGUGGGGGGAUGCUAGCCCUGUCCCUAGGUAGAUGCACAGCCCGGAGCAUUGUGUCACCUUGAAUCUGCCCGUCCUUCAUCGCUGGAGAAGCGCGGUCAGAGUUAGAGGGGACGGUGGAAAGGACAGGCUGCAGACAAGGGCCGGUGGAGCCCUGUGCAUGGCCCUGGCUGUUUGCCUCUGCUGGCUGGGCUCUCCCUGGCUGGCGCCAGCUCUGUGCCUCGAGCCUCUUCAUGACGUUGUGGAUGUUUCCAAGGGAAGUGGGGAGCAGGUCAGUGGGUGGGAGAGUCCAAGGCUUGAUGCCAAUUACUGCUGUGACGUGGAGCGCGUGGUCAGCGCAGUGCAAGGGAGGGGCCAGGCGACGUUUGUCUCCCGGACCGCGCGUGCGUUUCCAGCCUUGCUGCCACGUGCUGUGGGCAGGCUGUGGGGGGCUUUCUGUCUUCUUCACCCUGGGAGACUCCAGCUGCCCCAACACUGGGACGCGGGGAAGGCAGGAGGGAUCAGCAUGACUGCCGGCAGGACAGUUCCCAUGGCUAGGCCUUGGGAAUUGCAAACACUCGUUUCAGAACAAGCUCGUGGUGGAUUCGGGUUGUGUGAGUGUGUAUGCGCGAGUGGAGCAGACUUUCUUGGAAACUGGAGGGAGGUGAUGAGGAGGCUUGAGGAAGUACUACGGAUGGUCGUGGUGUGGUGAGUGGUCCCAGGCUCGCCCCGGCCUUGGUCCAGGCUCUCUGUCUGGUGCUGAGGGCUGGGAGGGAGGUGGAGCCUGUCAAGUCGCCGCAAUGACAGAAAAUAGAAAGGAGAGAAUAGGUGCCCUCACUCUCCGAGAAGACAGGAGAGGGGCCAGGAUCCCUCUGCAGACCCAGCCUGGGCUUCACACCGCCACCGCCAGCGUGAGCGGCUUUGCCACGGCACACUCCACCCCUCGUCCCCAGCGACUUUGCAGGCGUCUCUCCCCAGCUGGGUCUUUUCUUUCUAAUGUGUUUAACAGGUUUCCGAUGGGGAAGCCUCCAAACUGAGCAGGCCAGAGAUGUCCUCACCAAGUUGGAAAGGAAGGUGACUUCCUUUCUGUAGCCAAAGAACCCUGUCAGAGAACCCCUCCCAGCUUGGACAGACAGCGUCCCCCCAUUCCCUUCCAGGCAAUAACUGACGGCAUCCGUGCUGAUGCGAUCCCAUUCGUCUUUCUCGUUCCUAUCUUUUUUCUUUUCCUCAAUCGCAUUUAUUUUGAGACUGUGCUCAUCUUUUAAGAGGAGUAGCGUAGGAACUCUAAAUGCUGCUACCGAGAGGCUGGAGGUACUGCAGAGCAUGUGGGCUUCGCAAACCUUGCGCUACCAAGGGACCGGGUGGAACAGGUCCUGCCAGGCGCUUUGGCUGUGGCAGGGCCUUAGCGCAUGCAGGUCUGGGCACGGGACAGCAGUACCUCACACGAUGCCUCAAGACUCCCACUUUGAGUCUACAGACUGGACCCAGUAAAGUCCCGGUCAGGCCACUGGAGACUGGAGGAUGGCGAGAGAGGGUUUAAAUGCUAAGGAAACCUCAGAGGCUUUGGCACUGCAGCUCACUGUCAUGACCCAACCUGGCAGAUUCUGGUGUAUUUGUUGCACCUUCCAGAAACCUAGGGGUGGGGAGAGCUCCAGGCCAGUUCUCCCCUUCAGACUCAGAGUUUGCAGAGAAGCAGCCCCUUCAGGGCACAUGCCACAGAACACCAGCACCAGCAGGGUGGGGGUGGCCAGGGGGUGGCCGGAAGCUCCGCAGUGCCCCCUGCCGCCCUUCCACAAGCCUUUGUGAGCUCCCAUCUCAGACCCCUGCACUAGAACGGGACCCUGGCUAGCUCUUGUUUGGUCACACUUGCCAUGUCCGACAUGCAUUGAGCACCUUCUGUACUCCAGGCCUGUGCCAAGCCUUUAGGAGAAUCUUCUCACAGAGCUCCACAGCCACCGCCAGUUACGGAUGAGGAUGCCGAUGCGCUGAGAAAGCGGCACGUGUUCGAGGACACGUGAGACGAUGGUGGCCCAAAAUCUCCUAGUGUCUAGUCAGGUUUUUGUUUAUCAGGACCUUCCUGAGAUGUGGUUUUGUUUUACUUUCUUAACUAACAGCAGUGAGUGGCCUGGUAUUUCUGAUAAACCACUUAGCGAUCCUCCGUUUCUGUGUGCCAGACACUGUGCUAAGAACUGCUCCUUGGUCGUCUCGUUUGGUUUUGUCUUCACAGUAACCCUCAGAGGUCAGCACCGCUAGCCCUUUCACGGGGAAGGCAUCUGGCCCGCAGAACUGGUGAACUGCUCAGGGCUACACAGCAGGCAAGGGAAGGGGUCAGGCCUUGAACCGAGGCCUGCCCAGCUCCAAAACUGAGCUUUCAGCCUUCGCCUCAGCCGUCUCCUGUGUGUGUGUGCGUGUGUGUGUGUGUGUGUGUGCCGUCUCCUGUGUGUCUGUGUGUGUGUGUGUGCGCGCGUGCGCGUGUGCACAUGUGCAGAGAGAGACCUUGGAGGAACCUCACCGUCUGCCACCCCUGCACCA